CUGCUGAGGAUCCGGAAGCUUCACCAUUCGUCAUUCCAAUCUCCCAAUCAUCACUCAAAAUGUCGUUCUUUUCCCGGAACCGCGGCGGCGACGACACGGUCGACGACUACGACGAGUACGACCCGACGCCCUACGGCGGCGGCUACGACAUCGCCCUCACCUACGGCCGCCCCCUCCCACCCUCCGAGGAGACCUGCUACGCCAACACCGCCUCCUCCUCCGACGCCUUCGACUACGACCGCCCCCAGUACACCUCCUCCGCCGAGCCCUCCGCCUACGCCGACGAAGCCCUCGCCACCGAGUACAGCAGCUACGCCCGCCCCAAGCCCCACCCCGCCCCCGCCUCCUUCAACCCCGCCGCCGGCCAGCCCGGAUAUGGCGGGAGAAAGGAGGACUCUGAAUAUGGGUCGGGUUACGGGUCCGGGUAUGGUGGGAGAAAGGAGGAAUCCGAAUAUGGAUCUGGGUAUGGGCGGAAGCAGGAGUCUGAAUAUGGAUCCGGGUAUGGUGGGAGAAAGGAGGAAUCAGAAUAUGGAUCUGGGUAUGGUGGAAGGAAACAGGAGUCUGAAUAUGGAUCCGGGUAUGGUGGAAGAAAGGAAGAGUCUGACUAUGGGUCAGGGUAUGGUGGAAGGAAACAGGAAUCUGAGUAUGGAUCCGGGUAUGGUGGAAGAAAGGAAGAAUCUGAAUAUGGAUCCGGGUAUGGUGGAAGGAAACAGGAGUCUGAAUAUGGGUAUGGUGGAAGAAAGGAGGAAUCUGAAUAUGGAUCUGGGUAUGGUGGUGGAAGGAAGGAAGAAUCUGAAUAUGGAUCUGGGUAUGGUGGAAGGAAGCAAGAAUCUGAAUACGGGUCGGGUUAUGGAGGUAGAAAGGAGGAAUCUGAAUAUGGAUCCGGGUAUGGGAGGAAGCAAGAGUCUGAAUAUGGGUCAGGAUAUGGUGGAAGGAAGGAGGAAUCUGAAUAUGGGUCAGGGUAUGGUGGAAGGCAGGAGGAAUCUGGAUAUGGAUCCGGGUAUGGUGGGAGGAAAGAGGAGAGUGAGUAUGGAUCUGGGUAUGGUGGGAGGAAGGAGGAGAGUGAGUAUGGAAGUGGGUAUGGUGGGAGGAAGAGUAGUGGGUAUGGGGAGGAACAAGGGAGUGAGUAUGGCUAUGGAAGGAAGAGUGAGUAUGAGGAGAAACCUAGCUAUGGGAGCAGCAACUAUGAGAGCCAGGGAGGAAAGGUUGAGUAUGGCUAUGAUGAGGGGUUCCGCAAACCCAGCUAUGGGAGGCGUGACGAUGAUGAUGACGAGGGCUAUGGAAAGAAGAAAUAUGGAGAUGACUCAGAUGACGAUGAUGGGAGGAAGAAGCAUCACCACAAGCAUCACCAUCGCACAACUUACGAUGAUUAGUAAUCUAAAAACCAGAGGUUGCUGUGUGAAUGAAAGUCAUCCCAUAGCUUUUUAUCUACUAAAUAAGGGUUGACUAUUACUGUUAAGUAUUGAGCUUUAAGAAAUGUUGAUCCAAACUGAAUAUGAGGUUUGGCUUUGGAAUUCUAAUAAUAUCCGUUAUUUGAGUUUGUGUUAUAUUA